UUCAAAUUUCCGUUCUUUUCCCGUUAUUUGGUCGUGGUUUCCAUCACGAAUUCGUUUCUAGUUGUAUUAUAUCUUGUAAAGUAUGGUAUUGCCAUUGGUAAUAGUUUUGUUUGGUCUGGCCCUGGCCGGGUCGAGUAACAGUAUGAAGCUGCCUGGCGUGGUUACUGUGAUCAACGAACAGUUCUUUGAAUCAGAGACGAGGAAACUGUUUGAUGAUCUAGAGAAGGAGCUGAUAGAGAUGGAUGAUCAGACUGUCAGAGGGAUGGAUGGCAGACUUAGAUGGGCGCUAACCGGACUGGGAAUAUACCAUUUUAAAGGACCAGAAACAAACGUUGAGAUUAGCAGUACUAACGACAAGGCAGUCUUCACCCUAGAGAUGGAGGAUGCUACCGUUAAAACCUCCUUCAAAUGGGCAGCUAGCUAUGAUCUGUGGCUUACUGACAUUAAGAUUAGUGGGAGCGCUAAUGCUAAGUUGUAUCAGGUCGACAUGACCAAAUCUGUUGCUCUUGGCAUCUCAGAAGCAGGUAAACUGGAGCUAGACGCUAGGAACUGUGAACUAGACUCCUGCUGUUCUCUGGAGAUCGACAACAUGGAUAUCAGUGUUUAUGGAGGUGUUGUAGCUUGGAUCAUCGAUCAGACGAUAGACUGGUGGAAGGGAGAGAUUAAAGAUUUGAUAAGAGAGGAAGCCUGUGCAAGGAUAGACGAUGUCAUUCACUCUGAACUGAACGCAGCGUUAGAAUCCUUCCCCUCUACAACAGACAUAGUGCACGAGGACCUACAUCUGAACUACACCCUGCUCCAUCUCGACACUGUGGGGGACUGCCUGAUAGUGGGGGUAGACGGGAGUGUAACUCCACUAGCACAGGAGGUGGAGGAGGGGUCGAACAACACGGUCUUUAACGUGACAAUCGCAGACAUUAGUAACGGGACAGUCACAGAAAACAGUAACGUUUAUACAGUAACGCCAACGGAGCUAAGUAUCGUGACUUCAGCAGAGGGAUCACUACUCGGGGUUGGGGGACACACACCACUUCCAGUGAGCGAGUGUGUAGCCGAAGAUUACGACUUCAGUACAAGGAUCUCACACGGAACAAUACAAUCUUUGGCAAAUUCUGUGUUCCAGGCCGGUCUGCUAGGUUCUUAUAAUUUGGACAAGACAACAAUCCAGCGAGUCAAAAUGUUCGAGCCCGGCUUCUUUGCUCGAGGUAAUGAUGAGCUGAUGCAGCAUUACUUGCUCAACAUUGAUGUCAACAUCACUGGUCCACCCAUCGCUUCCAUCAAUGCAAACAAAUCUUGUAUAGAGAUGGAUAUCCCAACAUCAAUGGACCUCGUGAUGGUGCACCCCAACAAGAGUAAGCAAAAGAAGCUGCUGCUCAAGCUAAACGCUACAUUCACGGUUGGAGUUCAGUUUGAGGUGACCAAGGAUACAACAAUGUUGGAGGAUGGUGGCGAGGGUAUUAGGGUCAAACUUCAGGGCAAGGUUGUCAGUCUUUAUUCGACGCUUCACAACACGACAGUGACCAAGGAGUACGAGCUAGAACUGAAGCUAUCCAGUGUGGGAAUACUGCUGGACAUGAUCCGUGCUAAUCUCAUCCAGCCCAGGAUCUACAAACAUCUAGAAAACGGCAUUCCUACUAACUUCGGGGACGUCUUCGACAUUGACGUGUCUCACUUCAAAUAUUUUGAGAACUACGUUGAGUUUGACGGAACGAUAAACGAUUGGACUAUGAGCAUGUGAAGCUGAAGGGAGCUUUUGAAACUGCCAACUGAAGUAUAGCUUUGAUAAAGACAAUACCGGAUACUCCUACCCCUGAGUUACUCAGGAGUAGGAGUA